GUCCAUUCAAAUGCAUGGCUACACAAGACUAUACUGGACCAACAUCAUAAUUUCUGUUUAUUGCAAUGGCUUUUGGUCAUUUACUCAUGAUUAUCAAUGGAUUUCUGUUCUCCAACACAGCCUUGGUGUGCAAAGCUGAAAACACUUUAUUUGUGAAGACAGGAGAGUCUGUUCAACUGGACAUACAGAUUGAUAAAACAGAGUUUAAUUCAUUGAACUGGGUGAAUGGUAAAUCAGAAAAUGUUGUGAGGUUUACAAGUAAAACUGGAGAGACAAAGACUCAUUCUUCUUAUAUGGACAGGGUGGUUUUCAGUCAAACAAGCUUCUCUCUAACACUGAAGAACAUGCAAAAGACAGACAGUGGAGUCUAUAAAGCACAAAUAUUUGGAAGCAUAAACAAAAAUGUUGCUGAAUACAGAGUAUCAGUAAUAGAUGCAGUGGAGGCUCCUGUUCUGACUGUUGUCUCUAACUGGUCCAGCAGUGACUCCUGUACAGUGCACUUUACAUGUACAGGUCAUGAUGACAUACUCAACUCCACUUAUAAUAAUGGUAGCUGCUCUCAAGAGAAAGGGCCACUCUUAAAAGAAUACACUUUGGACCUGCGCUGUACUAACGACUCCAUCGUCUGUAACUACAGCAACCCAGUCAGCUGGAAGAAUGAGAUGAUAGAGAUUAAACAACUCUGUACAGAUCACAAAAAAGGGAAUUCAAGAGAAGAAAAUGGUUAUUUUCCUCUCCACUGGCUCAUAGUCAUUGCUGUUAGUGUUACAGUAUUGCUUUUAGUGGCAACUGUUGCACUAUACUUCUCUUACAAGAAGCAUAAAAAAGGUGACCAACAGGAUGAUAAUACAAUCUAUGCAGAAGUUGAGCCACAGAAUGAAGCUGAAAGACCCCAUACAUCAGGCACUUUUUGCACUAUAUAUGAAAUUGCGGGAGAGAACAAACAACCUUGCUGUGCAAUUAAAACCAAGCAAACAAUCACCAGUCCUGAAUCAAUCAAUGUGCAGAUACAGGAAGGGACACAAAGAGAAUAUAUUCAUCCCAGCACCACCUACUACAAAGUAGGACAACACAAGAAACCAUCUGUUCCCACUGAAAGAGACCAAACUAUUUAUGCAGUGGUGAAUAAAUACCCACAUUAGAGACCACCUGUGGAUAAAUAGUUGAGAUAAUUAUUAUUAUUUUUAAACACGUAUGUUAAAGAUGCUGUUCCCCGUCUGUCGCUCACUUCAACGUUGUGUCAAAGAAGCGAGAAAAGGGGUUCUCUCUUGAGCGGCGAAUAUGCUUCUGAUCUAUGAAAUAAGGCCAAUGAGAAUUAGGCAGAGAAUUAGGCUUGCAUGCCUGGGCUGCGCUCACACGCAGGCAGCGUUUUAUGAAUGGUUUAUGUUUUCAGUGCGAGAACAUAGCCAUGGCAGCAUUUUUUUGUCAUGAGAGAGAGCCCCUUCAGCCAAACCCCACGCCUCGCCUCCUUCCUACGGGAUUGGGGCAGGCGCCGCGGGCGAUGAAGGCAAUUUGUGGACAAUGACGGGCUCCGUUCGCCUGGUAAAUCCCCUCAAACCACCCGCCUCCCCAGCACACUUGCUUGCUUCCGUCCGAGCUCGGGAUGAGUGUGGAGAGACAGCCCCUCCCUGGCGAAUUCCCCUGAGGAAAGAUCUUCUUUCUCAGGGACGGGGCAUGCUCUGGCAUCCGCACCCAGACCUCUGGAACCUCCACGUCUGGCCCCUGCAGAAGAUAUAGCAGGUCUACCACCUGCUGUCGUAGACAUGAUCAACCAAGCCAGAGCCCCCUCUACAAGGCAUCUUUAUGCCCUUAAGUGGCGCUUGUUCGCAAAUUGGUGCUCUUCCCGGGCUGAAGCCCCACAGAGGUAUGCAGUUAGGUCAGUGCUCUUAUUCGUGCAGGAGAGGCUGGAGGGGAGGCUGUCCCCGUCCACCUUGAAGGUGUAUGUUGCUGCUAUCACGGCCCACCACAACGCAGUAGACAGCAAGUCUUUGGGUAAGCACGACUUAAUCAUCAGGUUCCUAAGAGUGCCCGGAGGUUAAAUCCUUCCCGGCCAAGCCUGUUCCCCUCCUCGGAUCUCUCAGUGGUCCUCUCGGGCCUUCAGAGUCCCCGCUUCGAGCCGCUAGAAUCAGUUGGACUCAGUGCCCUCUCUCUAAAGACUGCCCUUCUGAUUGCGCUCGCCUCCAUCAAGAGGGUCGGGGACCUGCAAGCGUUCUCUGUCAGCGACACUUGCCUGGAAUUUGGUCCGGCAGACACACAUGUGAUCCUAAGGCCGCGACCGGACUACAUGCCCAAGGAUCCUACUAUGCCCUUCAGAGACUAAAGCCUCUUCGUUGCUUUGCGUACCUACUUGGACCGCACACAGAACUUUAGACAUUCUGACCAGCAUUUUGUCUACAUAUGUAGAGCAGCGGGUUGAGCAACACCUAAUACAUUUGCAAGAUUUUACAAUCUCAGGGUUGAGUCAGUAUCGUCCCGUUUUUUCUCAGGUCCGAGCCGGUAGAACUCGGUAACACGCUGACGGACUGGCCGGGUGGAUCACUUGCACCUACCGCCCUUUCCCUCGGCCGAGGUAAAACUGUGCGCUUUCUCUCCCAGGAGAUCCCGUAUAUUCGGAUCCCUGGAUGACUCCUCCCUAGCCCUAUGGGUCCGCAAUUUAGCGGAGGAAUUCGCCGACCCAAUCCACUGUGGGUACUCAAAUCUACCCUGUACUGGAAUAGGUGCUCCACAGGUCGGGACUCCUGCGUGGACUCCUCCUGUGUGUAUUUUCCGCGGUAUGGUCCCCUUACGAGUGGACCCGCAUCUCCCAUAGGCAGUUCCAGCUGCCCUCUGGUCGCCGUGUUGUAGCAACUCCCCCCUCCUUGAGGCUGGAUCUACCACUGCGCCAUUUUUGCACAUGUGACCUGAGUGGCCCCUGUGAUGUAUUCGCCAUCCCAGGGCAGGUGUGGUCUCCGCAGGGUCUUUUCACCCUGAAAGAAUAGGAAACUGGGUAAGACCCCCUUCCCACGAUGUGUGUAAGGGCCCCAGCCGUUUGGAACUAUGUGAGAAACAUAGAGAGAAAAGAGGCCCGGCUAGGCUCGGCCCGUUCCCAGGUUGGCAAGUGUCGCCUUCUUCCCCUGUUUAGAGUAACCAGAAGGAUUCCGAUGACUUUUAUGGGGCAUUGGGGAAGGGUACAUGCAGUCUGACACAACUGGUCGCCUUUGCACGUGAAAUACUUGCCCGUUCUUGUCUCAGCAGUACACGUUCACGGCUCAGCGCAUGGCGUGAUUUACUAGAAAAGGUAGGACCCCUAGUGUCGCUUCAACACAACGUCGAAGUGAGUGUCAGACGGCGAAUGUCUAGGUUACGUAUGUAACCUCUGUUCCCUGAUGGAGGGAACGAGAUGUUGUGUCCUCCCGGCCACGUCGCUGAGCCGAGCCACUGUAGUGGCCGGACCAUUUCCGGCUCCUCAGAAAAAUCCUGAAUGAACUUGACGUAUUUCCCCGCUUUUAUACCCGUAUGUCCGGGGGCAGGGUAUGCAAAUACUGUCUGCCUACUUCUCAUUGGCCUUUUUUCAUAGAUCAGAGGCAUAUUUGGUGCUCAAGGGAGACCCCUAGUGUCGCUUCUUCGACACAACGUCUCAUUCCCUCCAUCAGGGAACGGAGGUUACAUACGUAACCUAGACGUUUCCCUACCAAAGAAUGAUUAGUUUAUUUCAAUAUAUUUUUCACAUACAUGUACUGUACAUGACAAACAUGCAAAUGAGUGAUAAUUCUGCGAAGAUUGCUAUUUGUAACUAUGGGUUGGUUGAAAUGGUUAUGCUGGACAUGUAAAACUUGUUGACUAUUUGGACCUCUAAAUGGUGCCAUUUUUUAGUUUUUUUCUCUCUCUCUUUCUCUCUCUCUCUCUCUCUCUUUUUUUUUAAAUUUUUUGAGUAUUCCUGUACUUUAUUCCUCUUUUAUUUACUUGGUUGUUGUUUGUUUUCCUCUGUAGAUACAAUUCCACUGUUUUA